AUGAACAAACAUUUCUUCAAAUUAUUUUCGAGCGAGGGUCAAGCUACGUCCUCAUCAGCAAGCAACAAACGUCUCGGAGGACUGGAAGAAGAUGAAAGACAACCAUUAGAUUUAACCAAUGAAGAAAAUAUGCAAGAUGAGGAUUUUAUAAUAACACAAAAUGACCAAGAAGAGGAUGAAAGAUCGGACACACUUCGUAUUGAUGACGGAGAGGACAAUGAGAAGAUUCAACUUGUGAAUGAAGACGAAAGUGUUGUGAAUAAUAAUCCAAUGGAAGAUGAUGAUGAUAGAGAAAAAGCUUUUGAAAUAUAUGAGAAGAAUUAUAGGAGUCACGAAAUCAAGAACAGUAAUACAGCACUAGAUGCCAAGUUUUAUGAAAUCAUGGAGCAGAACUGUUACCAAUCCGAAACAUCUCACAUUAUUUUAAGUAAACGAUAUGAGAAAAUAUGUGAAAGAAAAGUGCAGGAGUUAGAGGAAAUUUACAAGAAGACAUACUUCUUACCCGAUGAACAACAUUUCAAAGUGAAAGAAGAAUAUUAUACUCUAAAAUUGGAAAAAUAUACUUGGGGGUUGAUUUACACCCUUUUUGAAGACGAAAAGAGAAUGGUACGGCAAUAUGAACUUCCUGAACAAACCGAUUAUAAGGAUUUUUUGUGGAGAAAUAGUCACAGAGAAAUUGUGGACAGAAUGAAAACAAACUCAGAAUUUAGAAAGCUAUGUCUUAUUGUGGAAUGGCUUGAGAAAAACGCUAGAGAGAGGAUUGACAUUGAAAACGAAGGAAAUUGGAUGUAUACUUCAAGGAAGGACAGACAAAUUGAUCCUGACACUGUCUACAAACAAAACACACUGAAUGAAGACGAUUUGAGACAAGAAAGACUCAUUGUCAAGAAAACUUGGGCCCUUGUCAGAUCAGGUCAAAUGAAGGAUGCACAAAUGUUUUGCCGUAAGCACGAUCAAUUUUGGAGAGCAGCAACGAUAGCUGGUUCGGAGCUUUACCAUAACCCAAGAUUAUUAUCAAAGGAAGGCAAUGUUGAGGAAGAAAACUCUGAAACCGUUGGUAACCAAAACCGUUUUGUUUACCUUAACACAUUAAUCUCCAUGCUAAAAUCAGAAGAUUACAUGACCAACGAUGAAAUACAUCACUAUGAAAAAGCUAUCUACGGUAGUAUUUGUGGUGACUUGCCAUCAAUGUUAGCUGUUUGUAACGACUGGGAAGAUUAUCUAUGGGCCUAUUGUAAGGCAACUAUGAAUUAUUUCAUCAACAGACAACUUGCUGAAUUUGUUCCAAGCGACUCUGAAGACAAGAAAUACGUAGCUGAUGUUAUAAGCUUUACCAACUCCAACAAUAGAAGCUUCCAUGAAAUUCUUCAAUCAUUGCGAGUGUCCAACAAUGAGAAAGUCAAAGAAGAAGCUGUUCACUACCAACACGUCGUUCAAGCUUACAUUAUUUGCAACCAAGUUCCUGAACUUAUCAAAUAUUUACUUGAUUCUAUUAUUCAUCCUGCUGAAAAAUCUAUGAGCUACAUUUCACACUUUUUAAGAUUUAGUUCGCAUUUUAUUUUGACACUAUCAAUGGGUGGGGAUGUAGUAUUUACAAACGAUCGUGGAAAGGAUGCAAUUUUAGUCAAGUACAUCCACUACUUGGUGAAUACUAAACAAUAUGAACAUAUAGCAUUUUAUACCAGAUUUAUCAGCGAGAAACACGAAACUAUGAACAACUAUGACUAUCGAUCUAUAAUUUUUGCUGAGGCUAUUGUUUCAAUCGAGCAAUUAGAAAAAGAGAAAACCAUUUCUGGAGAUAAUGUUUUGAGAAGAAUGUUAAUUGCGUCAGCAAAGAAAAAUCAGCUCAAUGUUUCUGAAAUUGCAAGUAUUGUAGCUGAAAAAUCUCUUCAAUCUGCAGAGAGCAUCAAUGCCAUGCCCCACGUUAAUUUAUUAGAUUCUCACUUUUUCCUUGACCCCAAUAAUAAUCCAUUUAAUAAGCUUCGCGAAAAACACACCACAGAAUUAGACAUCAAGAAGAUCAACUCGAUUGAUUGGUUAUGUAUUGAAGAUAUUAGUCCAUAUGAAUGUCUUGCACAGAGCAACUCUUUGUUGCGUGAAUUCAUUCAGCUAGGUAAAUUAGAAGCAUUUGAAAUGCUUUUGAAUAAGCUUCAGGAGGCAAUUGAUCCAAAGCUUGAGAACCAAUAUGAUACACCAAUCGAGAAAGAACAACAACAAUCACUACAAGAAUACCAUGAUUGGAAGCUCUACAAGGAAACGAUGUUGUCCUAUGACAAAUGGAGCAAUCAAUUAAGACAAAAGCCUCAAUUUAAAACCAUGGAAAAUGUCACAUUCAAAAGUCAAGCAGAUAAGAUCAAAUACGAAACAGAGCUCAACACAUUCACAAACACAACAUUGAAAAAGUGGGCCCAAGAGAAUGACUUGUUGUUAGAGGAUGCGGUGAAAAAACAUUUUAAAUUUUUGGAGCGUAGAUUUCUUGAUCAGGAGCAAAUCAAUGACAAUCCGCCACAUCUGAUCCAUGAACUCAAACAACGAUGUAUUCCUGAUGUCGUGUUUUGCCUCUAUCAAUUAUUGUCCUUCUCAGAGAAGUACGAAGAAUGCAUGCAACUGGCUGACCAAGUUGCUUCUGAUUCACUCUCACUCUUUGAAUACUUUUCAAAGGAGCAAUUACUUGAAUUCUUGAAACUUAUGGGUGUUUGUGAACUUAAUGCCAUUGUACAAGAACCGCUACUGUUGCAACAAUAA